AUGUCAGAGCUCCCAGUUACAUCUCAAGAUCUCAAUUCUAGGUACUCCAAGCCGGAGCUGCCCACGGUUCUCAAAAGACUGUUCAAAUCGCAUAAAAAUCUUGACUUUGAAUCUGCAGUGUGGGAGAUGGUAAACCUGGUUUUCAGGCCUCGAAAAGCUCACAGAACGUUCUACUAUCAAAGACAGACUCGGAAUCGGUGGUCUCGAGACGAUCCGUCGUUUUUCAUUUUACAGAUCGGACUUUUAUCAGCCAGCUCUCUGGUAUGGUCCAUCGUUUACGGGCAUUCGUUUCUGGGGUCUCUUAAGAUGAUGCUGAACAUGAUAUUGGUGGACUUUUUCGCCUUCGGAUUCACUGUAGCUACGUUGUUUUGGGCGGUUUUGAAUCGCAGUUUUUUCAAAUUCAAAUCGGCACAAAAUGCGAGAGUCGAAUGGGCAUAUUGUUUCGACGUGCAUUGCAAUGCCUUUUUGGUGGUAUGGUGUUUACUGUAUCUGAUGCAGUUUGCGUUGCUCCCAAUUAUCAGAUUGCAUCGCUGGAUCGGUCUUUUCAUUGGUAACACGCUAUAUUGCACCGCUUUUGGGCAGUACUUCGUGCUUUCCUUCUACGGGUAUAGCCAGCUGCCGAUUCUGAAGAACGUCAACUUCAUUCUCCUUCCUACUUUGGUAUUUGCGGGAUUGUAUGUGGUUAGCAUGUUUGGAAUAGAUCUUUCCCAAGCGUUUAGCUUUCACACUUAUUGA